GUUUCGAUAGCCAAAAUAAACAUAUUAACCAAUGAAUGACAUCCACGUGCAUAUGUCCGUGACUGUUACCUCAACUUCCUGUGUUUCUAUAAAAUUUAGGCAUUAUGAGGCUACACAAUCUGCUACUAUUACUGCUGAUUGGGCUGACAGCUGUUGCAAAAGUGACUGCAGACUUUGAUGAUGAUGACGACGAUGAAGGUGCUGUGGAGGUGGAACCUGAUGAGACAGAGCCUAUUGUGACAGAAAAGCCAGUGUAUGAGACACCGAAGCUAAAAAUGAAGCCGUUCUUUGCUGAGCCUUUUGAUAAUGUACAGGAAUUCAAGAAGAGAUGGACCCAGUCUCAGGCCAAGAAGGACGGAGCUGAGGAAGAAAUCUCCAAGUAUGAUGGGAAAUGGGCUGUUGAGGAACCUAAAGAAAGUUCCCUGCUUGGAGAUCUUGGCCUCAUUCUUAAGUCGAAGGCCAAGCAUCAUGCGGUGGCAUCCAAGUUGGACAGACCAUUUGACUUUUCUGGGAAACCUUUCAUUGUGUCUUACGAGGUGAAAUUCCAGAACGGUCUUGACUGUGGUGGAGCCUACAUAAAACUACUGUCUGGAUCUGACAAAAUUGACCUGAAAUCCUUUCACGACAAGACACCAUACACAGUGAUGUUUGGCCCAGACAAAUGUGGACUGGAUCACAAGCUGCAUUUCAUUUUCCGCCAUAAAAAUCCACUGACGGGAGAAAUUGAAGAAAAGCAUGCUAAUAAGCCAUCCGGCAAACUGGACAAAUACUUCACUGACAAGAAGACACAUCUCUACACACUUGUCGUGAACCCUGACAACACAUUUGAGGUAUCAGUGGACAAUAAUGUGGUCAACUCUGGAAGUCUGCUUGAAGAUGUCAAUCCCCCAGUGAACCCACCCAAGGAGAUUGAAGAUCCGAAAGACAAGAAACCGGAGGACUGGGACGAGAAUGAAAAAAUCCCUGACCCAGAUGCCUCCAAGCCGGAAGACUGGGAUGAAGACCAGCCAAUAGAGAUUCCUGAUGAAAGUGCGGUGAAGCCUGAUGGUUGGCUUGAUGAUGAACAGCCCCUUAUUCCCGACCCGGAUGCAGCUAAACCAGACGACUGGGAUGAGGAGAUGGAUGGCGAGUGGGAGGCUCCACUUAUUGAGAAUCCUGAGUGUCAGAAUGCCCCAGGGUGUGGAGAAUGGAACCGUCCCAACAUCCCUAACCCCCUGUACAAGGGCAAGUGGAGGCCACCAAUGAUUGACAACCCCAACUACCAGGGUGAAUGGAAGCCAAGAAGGAUCUCCAACCCCCACUGGUUUGAGGAUAAUGAACCAUACAAGAUGACACCCAUUAAUGCCUUGGGUCUAGAACUAUGGUCAAUGACAGAUGAGAUUGUGUUUGACAAUUUCAUCAUCACAGACGAUCGUGAGGAACACACAACCUGGCUACAACAGACAUGGGAGAAGAAAAAUAAUGCUGAGCUUUACUCAAGCGGAGGUGGCGGUGUAUGGUCCACACUGACGGGAGCGGCAGAAGAACGACCCUGGUUGUAUGCUGUGUAUGUUGUGGUUCUCCUCCUUCCUAUUGUUCUUCUCUCCAUCUGCCUCUGUCCCCGUUCAGGCCCAAUUAAGUCCGAGGACAUAGAUGCCGCCCGGAAGAAGACAGAUGAGCCGAGUCCAGACGAUGAGUCUGAGGUUAAAGGUGACAACCCAGACGAGACAGGCGAUAGCAAAAAAACAGCCAAGAAAUCCAAGGCAGCAUUAGAACCACAGGAGGAGCCGGAGGUGGAGGAGGAUGAGGAAAUUUCACAGGAGGAAAGCCAAGAGGAGGCUGAUGAAAAAUCUGGAUCACCUAGACGAUCUCCACGUAAAAGGAAGUCUAGAAAAGACUGAUAACUUCAAAAUCUAGCUGGAAUGAAUGAGCACUUACAAAGGCAGGGUAGUUCAUGUUGCGGGAAAAUGUUCGCACCGUUUGGGAUUGAAAUUUGUAUUGAUGAUGAGUUUCUUGAAACUUGAAACUGUAUGGUUGUAUUUUGAUACCCAUUUAAGAGGAAUGUUUUUGAAUUUGAUUUUCAUUCUUUUAAGUGAGUUGCUUUUAAAACCUUAAAAUCUGAGUUUAUUUAUUUUUUUAUGCACGUGUUUAUGAAUAAUUGAGCCCUUAGGCGGGAACAAUGAGUUUUAUGUGCAGAGGAAAAUAAAUAAGUGUGUAUGCUUUGUGUAAGUUUAUAAAACUGUAUAAAUGAGUUAUUAUGGAAUACUGUAAAAAUAAUGUUUAGAUGAUGUGUUCCCUUAAAUUGUGAUAAAUUAUGUUUAGAAUUGCCAUCUUCAUCUACCAAUAUGUAUAUUUUAAUCAUUGUCUCGAUUCAUUGUCCAUAGUGAAUUGCCUUAUUGCAUUUCAAAAUGGUUAAUCUUUCAUCAGCCUGAUUAUUUUUACAAUGCUUGAUUUGCAUAAUAUAAAUGUUGCAUUGUUUGCAGGGUUUUCAAGCCAAAGAAAAAAAAAUGUUUAAGAUAUUAUGUACAUGUAUUUGAAAGUACAAAAUGUAAUACUUAAAAUCGGUAUCUGUUCAGGUUAUUGAUUUUAAAAAUGGACAUGUAUUUUUAACAAUAACAGCAAACCUACUUGAUUUAUGAAAAUAAAUAGUGCAAUAAGCAUGCGAAAUGGAUAUAUGCAAAAAUUCAUUUCUUUCAGUAUGAAGUUGUAGAUGUAUGUUUUGUUUUUAUUGAGCAAACUUUGCUGUCAAACCAAAAUUAUGCACAUUCCAGAUUUUUUGUUAUUUUAUUGAAAUACUUAAUUUACGUCGACCGAUUUAUUUAGCCACAUUAUGAAGAUGGAUGGCUAUUUUGUGUUUCAUAUUGCAACUACUUACAAACAUUUAACUUACUGACAUGUUUCAGGAAACAUAUUCAAAGUUAACUUUGCAUACAGUGGCUAGUUACUUAAUCAAAUCCAUAUUUAUAUUAAUAAAUUUGUCCCAUUGAAUGUGUCCAAUCAUUGUAUGUUUUGUACAUGUUUGUCUGGUAGUAAACUCUUACUGUAACAAAUAAAAGGACAAUAAUUAAAAUUAAUUCAACGUUGAUCAUGGUUAAUUUACGCAUUAAAUUUCCACACCUUGUACAACAAGUUCAAAAACAUGGCCUAAGACUAAUGAUUAUUGAAUAAUUUUAUACAUACAAACCUCGGCAAAAAAGGAGAUAUGCCAUGAAUUAUAUUGAAGAGAAAUUGCAGUAGUAACAUACUCAAUAUAAUCAUCAUCAUUAUACAGAUUACUAUUUCAAAGAAUAUUUGUUCCAUGUUUUAGAUAUUGUAUGUUUUAAACAGAACUCCUGUAAAUUAUUAUGCAAAUAAAAUAUAAAACAGUG